GUUUAAAUCAUCGCUAGCCAGUAAAAAUGUCAAGACCAGAGGAGAUUGCCCCAGCAGAAAUAUUCUAUAAUGACGAUGAGUCGUUCAAGUAUACGUCCAAUAGUCGUGUACAGAUGAUCCAGGCUAAAAUGACUUUGAGAGCGUUGGACUUGUUGAAUCUUGAGUCUGAGGAGCCUCAUCUCAUUCUUGAUCUUGGAUGUGGUUCUGGAUUGUCAGGAGAAAUUUUGACAGAGGAAGGAUAUAACUGGAUAGGCAUGGAUAUUGCUCCGAGCAUGUUGGCCACAGCCAUUGACAGAGGGAUCGAAGGAGACUUAUUUUUAAGUGACUUGGGAAAUGGGGUUCCCUUCAGAGCCGGAACCUUUGAUGCGGCCAUUUCUAUUUCAGCUAUCCAAUGGUUGUGUAACGCCGAUUCCAGUGGUAGUGACCCCAAGAAGAGACUCAUGACAUUCUUCAACACAUUAUAUGCUUCUUUGAAGAGAGGAGGGAAGUUCGUGGCCCAAUUUUACCCUAAGACUGAUGACCAAACUGAGUCUAUUUUGGGUGCUGCUAAAGUAGCAGGUUUUGGUGGAGGAUUGAUUAUCGACGAGCCAGAAAGUAAGAGAAAUAAAAAGUACUAUCUCGUUCUCACUGCGGGAGUCUCAGACAGAGGCGUGAACUUGGAAGGGGCUGAGAUGGAUGCUCCAGAGAUGAAGCGGAAAUUGAAUAAGAAGAUGAUGAGAAAGAUGGAGUCCGGCAAGGAUUUCAUCAAUAGAAAGAAGGAGAUCAUGAGAAAAAGAGGAAGAAAAGUUGCUCUCGAUUCGAAGUUCACAGGAAGAAAGAGACGUUCACGGUUUUAAACCCAGCCCUUAUUGUACACUAGCAUUUAUACAUAUUUUAGCAUCGCCAUAUAAUAGGAAUCAUAUCAGUAAAU